AGCCGCGGCCUCGGGCAGGGCAGGCUUUGACGUGGCACUCCCUGCCCCGGCUGGCGAGCCGGCGGGCGGGCCGGUGGGCGGGGGCGCGAGCGAAGGAGCGCGCGGCAGCCGCAGCGGGCCGGGAACUGAGCGGAGCCGAGCGGCCGCACCAGCCAGCCUUAGAAGAACCCUGUGAUCUGGUAUGAGAUAACUUUGACCAUGAGCCAACAAGGUUACGUCGCUACCCCUCCAUACUCCCAGCCCCAGCCUGGAAUGGGGCCACUCUCCCCGCCUCUUCGUGGACAUUAUGGUGACCCAUCGCACUCAGCCUCUCCAUCAGGCAUAAUGAAGCCAGCUGGGCCUUUGGGACCUACUGCACCUGUUGGGGUGUUACCACCUGGACCCCCCAAUUCUGGGGUCCAUCAGUUUGGCCAGAAUGGCCCUAAUAUCUCAGGGUAUCCCCAGCCGAGGUUUCCAGGCCCUCCACCUGUCAACAAUGCUGCCCCUCCCUACCCACCAUCCUCUCAUCUGCCACCAGCAUCCUAUCCCAGUCCGGGGUCCACAUCUGCCACCAACCAACUGGGCCAUCAACUCGGUGCCAUGCAAAUUCACAAUUAUGGUCCUGGCAUGGCUUCGGGUUCCCUGGGCAUCCCAGCUGCACCCUCAGCAGCAUCUUUCCAAGGGCCUCCACAGCCAGCCCAGCCGGCCAUUCUACAGCCGGGCCCCCGGAUGCUCCCGCCCCCACCGAGCACGCACAAUGGCCUUGGCCCCGCACCCUCAUUGCCACCAGCAGGGAGGCAGGAUGGACUCCCAGGAUCCGGCCCUCCCACUGCCAAUUUUCCAUCUCUGCCUCUUCCAGGACAACCUCCAGGCCCUGGAUAUCCUCCUCAACAAGGGGCCAACUAUGGCCCUCCCCAGAUGCCUGGAGCUCAGCUGACUUCUCCGGCUGGAUUUCCUGGUGGUCCUGCACAGAUGGCUGGGCCAACGCAGCCUACAAAGAAGCUUGAUCCGGACUCUAUCCCAAGCCCAAUUCAGGUGAUUGAGAAUGACAGAUCCACCAGAAGCGGUCAAGUCUAUACUACCAACAUGAGAGGCCAGGUUCCUCCUCUAGUAACCACGGACUGUGUGAUCCAAGAUCAAGGGAAUGCCAGUCCUCGUUAUAUCCGGUGUACAACAUACUGCUUCCCAUCCACUUCAGAUAUGGCCAAGCAAUCUCAGCUCCCAUUAGCUGCCAUCAUCAAGCCAUUUGCCACCGUUCCUCCAAAUGAGGUGCCUCUCUAUCUGGUAAAUCACGGUGAGUCCGGACCGGUCAGAUGCAACAGGUGCAAGGCCUACAUGUGCCCUUUUAUGCAGUUCAUUGAAGGAGGAAGGAAGUACCAGUGUGGAUUUUGUAACUGUGUAAAUGAUGUUCCACCCUUCUAUUUCCAACAUCUGGACCACGUUGGUCGGAGGCUCGACCACUAUGAGAGGCCAGAGCUCUCUCUGGGAUCUUAUGAAUACAUUGCUACGUUGGAUUAUUGCAGAAACAACAAGCCUCCCAACCCACCUGCCUACAUCUUCAUGAUCGAUGUUUCCUAUAGUAAUGUGAAGAAUGGCCUGGUCACACUCAUCUGUGAAGAACUGAAGACCAUCCUGGAAAAUCUUCCAAAGGAAGAGCAAGAAGAGACUUCUGCCAUCCGGGUAGGAUUUGUCACCUAUAACAAAGUUCUCCACUUCUUUAAUGUCAAGAGCAACUUGGCCCAGCCCCAGAUGAUGGUGGUGACAGAUGUGGCAGAGGUUUUUGUCCCUCUCUUGGAUGGCUUCCUGGUCAACUAUCAAGAAUCUAAGGCCGUCAUUCACAACUUGUUGGACCAGAUUCCAGAGAUUUUUGCUGAUUCCAAUGAGAAUGAGACAGUCUUUGCUCCUAUUGUCCAAGCUGGCAUGGAAGCCCUAAAGGCAGCAGACUGUCCAGGGAAGCUAUACAUCUUCCACUCAUCAUUGCCGACUGCCGAGGCCCCGGGCAAACUGAAAAACCGAGAUGACAGAAAACUGCUCAACACAGACAAAGAAAAGACCCUUUUCCAGCCACAGACAAACAUUUAUGAAGCCCUGGCUAAGGACUGUGUGUCAAAUGGCUGCUGUGUGAAUCUCUUCCUCUUCCCCAAUCAGUACGUGGACGUGGCCUCGAUGGGCCUGGUGACCCUGCAGACUGGAGGCACGCUGUAUAAAUACAACAAUUUCCAGAAGCACCUGGACAGCCAGACAUUCUUGAACGACCUCAGGAACGAUGUCCAGAAAAUGACAGGAUUUGACACUAUCAUGAGGGUACGCACCAGCACAGGCUUCAGAGCCACGGACUUCUUUGGUGCCAUUUACAUGAACAACACCACAGAUGUAGAGAUGGCGGCUGUGGACAGCGACAAAGCCGUGACGGUGGAGUUCAAGCAUGAUGACAAACUGAACGAAGACAUCGGUGCCCUCAUCCAGUGUGCUGUGCUCUAUACAACCAUCAGCGGGCAGAGAAGAUUGAGGAUCCACAACAUCAGCCUGAACUGCAGCAGCCAGCUGGCAGACCUGUACAAGAGCUGUGAGACAGACGCCCUCAUUAACUUCUUUGCCAAGUCAGCUUUCACGGCGGUUCUCACGCAGCCCUUGAAGACAGUGCGGGACAUCCUGGUGCAUCAGACCGCUCACAUGUUGGCAUGUUACCGCAAGAACUGUGCCAGCCCCUCAGCUGUCAGCCAGCUCAUCCUGCCUGAUGCCAUGAAGGUGUUCCCAGUGUACAUGAACAGUCUGCUAAAAAACUGUGUGCUUCUGAGCAGACCAGAGAUCUCGAUGGAUGAACGAGCGUAUCAGAGGCAGCUGGUUAUGUCGAUGGACGUUGCAGACACGCAGCUCUUUUUCUACCCGCAGCUUAUACCGAUACACACAAUGGAUGUCAAGAGUGAAACUCUCCCAGCUGCCAUUCGCUGCUCUGAAGAGCGUCUCUCGGAAGGAGGAGUGUUCUUACUGGCUAAUGGGCUCCGGAUGUUCCUGUGGCUGGGAGUAAGCACACCACCAGAGCUGAUUCAAGGAAUAUUUAACGUACCCUCCUUUACACAUAUCAACACGGAAGUAACAUCACUGCCUGAGGUGGGGAGCCCAUACUCUCAGAAACUGAGACUAACCAUGAGUCACAUCCAACAGAAGAAACCGUAUUCAAUGAAGCUUACCAUCGUGAAGCAGCGAGAGCAGCCAGAGGUGGUUUUCCGACAGUUCCUAGUGGAAGACAAAGGUCUUUAUGGAGGAGCAUCUUACGUGGAUUUCCUUUGCUGCGUCCACAAAGAGAUCUGCCAGCUGCUGAGCUAGAGGCAGCUGGCCUCUCCGUCUUUUGGCAUCUCCCCGUUUCGAAGGGGAUGAUACUCCCUUGGUCACUGUCCUGAAGGAGGUUUUGCAUCAGGCUUUCCCCAAGGCUUCCUUUCUGUACAGUUUCUGGUUUCUGAAUCUACAUUGCUCAUCUUCUCUAUCUAGUAGCCUACAGAGCUGUGUUCAGGUAUCCAGCUUAAGAUGGACAGGAUGGUCAGCCCUGAAAUAUAGGGAAAGCACCUAUUUCUGAUGGCAAAUUUUAAAACUCUUAUCUAAGUCUAUGCAUUUCAUAUGAGGCAGUUUACAGGACUCAUUCUCAAUUCUUUCUUUUCUAUUCCUAUAAAUUAUAAAGAUGUAUAGAUGUAUGGAGGGAGAGGAGACCCUGGUGCCUUUCCCACUGACAAUAUAGGAAGAACCACCUUCAUUUUUAUAUGGUACUUAAUUUUGUAAGACUCAUCUUUCCAUUCAAUGACAAACAUUUUCACAGCCAAUCUAAACAAGGAUUAGACUCUGGUAGAGAAUCUUGUGUGCAUUCAACAACUUUUCAGAAUUACCUAUUGUGAGUUGGACCUUUUUCCUUCCAUUUCUUAUUUUGUCCAUAAAACUGUCAACAUUCUUAAUGGUUAUUUGUACAAUUUUGAAGGUUUCUACCUGUAUAUAAAGGGAUCUUAAUUAAUGGAGAUAAAUCACUUCGUAUGAAUCUUAUCCAUCAAAUAGAGGCAGCAUUAAGCAUUUUCUCAAAGUUAAAUGAACCUUGGGAUUUGGAAAACAAGAAAGAGAGCAGCAGCCUGGUAUAGUGAAUAGAGUUGGCCUUUGGCUUAGAAAGAUCUGGGUUCAAGUCCUAAUGCUGACACAUACCAGCAGUAUGACUCUGGGUGGGUUACUUAACUCAAAGCUCCUAGGCAAUUCUCAAGAUUGUCACUAGUUAAGAAGGUACACACCAGCAUGGGUAGAAGGACUUUCUCCCCAGAAUCCUUGACCAAUGAAAUCACAGAUCAAAAAAAAAAAAAAAAAAAGGCAAGGAAAGGAACUCAAAGUUAUUUGGAUGGAUAGACCUAACAUAGAACUUGCCAUUUACUUCUUAUAGAACAUUAAGGGUCUACAGUUAAAAUAAACUCUUCCUAAAAGUAUUUUUUCCUUAAAUUCUGUCAACAUUUUUUUAAAAUUCUUCACAAAGCCAAAACUACUUAUUAUUAAACUGCCAGGUUUGCCUGCCAGGGUUAAAGGAUUUACUCUUUUAAAACCCAAUCUUCCCUCUGUCCCACUUGGAGCCAGCCCUCUCUAUUAACUGGCUUGACAGAGGUGCAGGGGUGCAUCUUCACCCCGCUCAUGUUCGUCAGAUACAUGUAGAUCAGAGACUUCUACCAGCCAGCCUGCCCCAGAUGCAGAUGGAGCUCCAUUAACCCUGGAGGAGCAGCCACAAACUGGGCCUAUUCCACAUUCCAUGGAGAACCAUUUGGACUUCACUUGUACAUCUUGUUUUGAAGGGACUUGUGAUCUUCUGAAAAAAUAUUUUAUCCAAACUCCAGGGGGAGAAUCAAGUUGCCUUCAGUUCCUCCUUAGAUGCUAAGGUCUCCUAAUUGGACCUGGACCGCAACCCGUGGAACACCUCAGGCAUCUGCACUGCCUUCUUGUUGGGUGCUGGUGUUGCUGAUGUUAACAGAAACACGGCUGCCUCUCUACCACCCUAUCGCAAGGCAGCUCCAUCCCUGCAGUUGGUUACCCAUCCCAACUUAAGCCAACCGCAGAGAGUAAGCCUUAACAGGUUCAUUCCAUGUGUCUAACUGAGGGAAAAACAUUUGUUGUGUUAAGUGCAAUUCAUUACGUACUAAAACCUAAGGGAUUUUUACCAGCAGUUUGAAACAUAACCAAAAUGAAACGAAUUUUAUUAAAAACAUUUUCAUCGUA